UCUAUCGAAUGAACUGAAGGUGUCAUACCAGACUUUUGACCCCCUUAUUCAAGCUAUCCUUCUGCUUUUCAGCUUGCUAAUGCUGGAUUUACUAAUUUUAUGGCAGGCAAAUUUAAUAAUGAGUUUGGGACAAAGAAAAGCCUUGCUUUCUUUGUGAGACAUAUAUGGGUAAUGGCUGUGCUUUUGAUACUGUCAUUGAUCAGUAAGCAAUUCAGAAUGCCCAAUAAGAAGGAGACACACUUUAUAUGACUAGCUGGAGUGCUUAACUUGUUCUUAAAUCUACAGUUGUUCGCUAAGAAUACAACAUUGUUUACAAUCCCUUAUCUUAUUCUGUGGAUUCCCGUUUUCCCUUCUUUUAUCUUGAUUGCUCUUAUCCUACUGAAGCUGGAUAAGUGGUCUAUAAGGAAAGCAAUUGGUGCUACAUUUUUAUUACUCUCAUGUGGUGGUUGUGUAAUAUAUUCCAACAUCACUAGCGAAAGGUCAUUUUAUAUGGACUCUUUCAUGAUUGCACAAAUUCUGGUUCCUCCAGUUGGUGCUUUAUCCCUCAAACUUGCUAUUAUCAAAAGAAACGUAGGAAUAUUUAACUUAGGCUUCUGGGUAUCCCUUGUUGCAUUUAUUUGUGCAUUACUCAAUUACAUACUCAUCCAUCAUUGGAACGCAAUGUCUCCUUUCUUCAGUAUCUGACACCAGUUGAAGUUCUUCGAUAUUGCAAUGAUCUUCUUUGCAAGGAUUAUCAUUGAUGUAUUUAACACUGCAUGAUUUGCCCCUGAUCCCUCACAGGGUAUUUACUUAGCAUCCAAGAAACAGUUGAUGAAGGCUGCGGUCUUCGUGACUCUUGAUGCUGUCUUCUUGGUCAUUUUCAAUGCUCUCGCAUUGAAAUAUUCUGGAUGGAUUUAUGGAUAUAUCUUACGACCGUAAGAGCCUUUAUGAGAAGUUUCAGAGGAAAACUACACCUGUAAUGUACAAAACAACGAUUGAAGGAGAGUAUCAGACUGUACUGUUAAGUAGAAUGAUUAACUAUCCAUGCCCAAUCCUAAUUCUGAGAUAUCUAUAGGAUGACUACUCUAGAAGAAACUGAACUAGAAAAAAUAAAAGAACAUGGGAAUACAUUGCUAAAAUCAGAUAUAAAGAAAAGUGUACCAAAGAGGAGCAGAAAUUUAAUUGCUCCGUCUAAUGCAGAAAAGGCAUCGCUUAAUGAAGCUCUUCCCCUUACGACAACACAGGAUGCUAAUCCAGACUCUCUCAGGCAGCAUGAAUAAGUUCCUGCUUCUGAUGCCAGACUCUUAACGCCAUGUUUAAACUUCU